CUCCUGCAGAGAGCGCUGUGAAGCAGUCUGCUGUUCUGGUGGGGGGCGGGUUUGUCCUGUCACCCUGUUAUACCGGCCUCUGUCAGUCGUCCUUCUCUCUCCUCCUGGUAUCAUGGCUCUCCUGAAGUCUAGUGUGUUGGCCGGGGUUGCCCGCUUCCAGCCUUGUCUUGGGGCCCUGCAGACAAGAGCCAGCUCCUGGUGGUCUCAUGUUGAGAUGGGCCCACCUGACCCCAUCCUUGGUGUGACAGAAGCUUUCAAGAGGGACAACAACCCUAAGAAGAUGAACCUGGGUGUAGGGGCAUAUCGUGAUGACAAUGGAAAGCCCUAUGUCCUCAGCAGCGUGCGGAAGGCUGAGGCACAGAUGGCAGCCAAGCAUCUUGAUAAGGAAUACCUCCCCAUUGUUGGCCUGGCAGAAUUUGCUCGGGCGUCAGCACAGCUAGCACUGGGUGAAAACUCUGAUGUCAUCCAGAGUGGACGAUAUGUUACUGUACAAACUAUUUCUGGAACAGGAUCCCUGCGAGUUGGUGCAAACUUCCUCCAAAGAUUCUACAAGUUCAGUCGUGAUGUGUAUCUUCCGAAACCAUCUUGGGGGAACCACACCCCAAUAUUCCGUGAUGCUGGAAUGGAGCUUAAAGGCUACCGAUACUAUGACCCUAAGACAUGUGGAUUUGAUUUUGCUGGAGCUCUGGAUGAUAUAUCAAAAAUUCCAGAACAGAGCAUCAUCCUGUUCCAUGCCUGUGCCCACAACCCCACUGGGGUGGACCCCAAGAAGGAGCAGUGGAAGGAGCUGGCUGCUGUGGUCAAGAGCCGCCGCCUCUUUCCGUUUUUUGACAUGGCUUACCAAGGUUUUGCCAGCGGAGACACUGAUAGAGAUGCCUGGGCAGUCCGUCACUUUAUCCAGGAAGGUCUUAAUGUUGUGCUAUCCCAGUCCUACGCAAAAAAUAUGGGAUUGUAUGGUGAACGUGUUGGGGCUUUCACAGUGGUCUGCAGUGAUCCUGAUGAAGCAAAGAGGGUGGAGUCUCAGUUGAAGAUCCUCAUUCGUCCCAUGUACUCUAACCCACCAAUCAAUGGCGCCAGGAUAGCGGCUGCUAUCUUGACACAGCCUGACCUCCGCAGCGAGUGGUUGCAGGAGGUGAAAGGAAUGGCCAAUCGCAUCAUUAGCAUGCGUGAGCAGCUGGUAUCCAACCUGAAGAAAGAAGGCUCUAUCCACAGCUGGCAGCACAUCAGUGACCAGAUUGGCAUGUUCUGCUUCACAGGCCUACGUCCAGAACAGGUGGAACGUCUCACGAAGGACUUCUCAAUCUACAUGACCAAAGACGGCCGCAUCUCUGUUGCUGGUGUCACAUCAGGAAACGUUGGUUAUCUUGCUCAUGCCAUUCAUCAGGUCUCAAAGUGAGAGAACCAUCUCCUCUCCAGACAUAUUCUUCCCGUCACCCUGACUGGUGUGCAGAGAAGCUUCCAACCAAUUUCUAAUGUAUUUACUUGGCACCUUCUUAGAACUGUUACAGGCCAAAGUUGUUUAGUCUUACCCCUCCAUGAGCAGUGUUCUGUCUAGUUUGUGUGCCUGAAAUUCUUCCAGAGGAAAGGCAGACAAUUGAUGGAACCACCUGGUCAAUGUCUUCUGCUCUCCUCAGCCCAUGUAGUAGUUGCAACUCAGCAGGCCUGUACAUGGGAGGGUUCAUCCUGGGCCUUGUUUUAUUUCCCCCUCAUCUUAAAGUGUCAGGGUGCUGAACUUGGGAAGGAGGGAAUCAUGAAGCUUUGAAUGUUCUAGUUUCAAUAAAGUCCAUCUUUGCAGAGUU